GGAUAAGAACGCCCCACCAUUCUUCCGCCACAGCGAUGAGCUUUGGCAAGACGAACUAUCGCUUCGGCGGCACCCGCGGUGGUCAAGAUCAGUUUAAGUGGGACGACGUAAAGAACGACAAGUACCGCGAAAACUACCUGGGGCAUUCGCUCAAUGCGCCCGUGGGCCGAUGGGUCAAAGGUACAAGGAUUCCAAGCACCACCAUGAUUUCUUCAUGGACAAGUGUAGGCAAGGACUUGACCUGGUACUCCAAGGGAAAGGGGGGGCAGAGCGCUGUAUUGGCCGAGGAGAUCGCUCUCGCGAAGCAGCGCGAUGAGGAUCGCAUGAACGAGGCUCUAGGAAUUGCACCAAAGCGCCAUCACGAGCCUACUGGUGCCCUCGAUGCCAACGAAAUGAAGACGUUGCUCAAGCGUGGAGAAACAGAGCGCAACGACGGCGAUGCCGAGCGCGUGGAAGGGCUUGGGGCUGCCACGUUUGUCACGGGGUAUGAAGAUCCAACCGCGAAAAGACGAACGAUGGCGGAGCGAUACCAAGACAACGUGGGCAAACAGGAUCUGACCCAUGGCCUUCCGGGUGUCCACAACGACGACGAGGCGGACGAGAAAUCGCGGAAAAAGGACGCCAAAAAGCAAAAAAAGAUGAAAAAAGAAGCCAAAAAGGAGGCCAAAAAGCACAAAAAAGAACGAAAACGGAGCAACCGAUCGCCAUCCCGCGAACGAGAGUCGAAGCGGUCGAAACGCGACCGAUCUCGCGACUAACGUUAAUCAACGUUGAUAUAUGGACGUCAAACACGCUACACUUGGUACUAUUAUCAGUCAUAGUCGUUAGUAUUUGAAUACUACAUAGUAGUUCUAAGUAGACGAAAACGAUAUCCUAUUCUCGGUUGACGGCAUCUUGGGCUACGGCGACCCAGUUGACGCGGCACAGCAAGAGUUGGUACACGACAAAGGCGGUGAGCGAGCCAAACGUGAAGCCGGCCCACAGCCCCUCGACGCUCCACUCCAAGUACACGCCAAAGAGGACGGCCACGGGCACCCCCACGAGGUAAAACGCGGCGGCAUUCACGCCACUGGCCACGUCCUGCUUGCCCAUCGCUCGAAAGAAGCCCUGGCACGCAGCGUUCAUGGCGUCGACGACGUGCAACGGAGCGAUAAACCACAGCGCAGUGCUUCCUCGUCUACAAGAUGACCCAUAUAAUAGUCGAUUUG